CAUUCGACACCAUCUCCCUCUUUUCAAACAAUUCGGUUUCAGAGACUCCGUCGAUUAUCCGAUUAACAAAGCUUCCGUCUGUUCAUAUGAGCAAAGCAGAGUUGAUAUGAAACUGAACAUGCAAAGAAAAGGAAAUAUUGCUGAGGCACCUGGCAGACAUGUUGUAAGAACAAGUCAAGUGAAAAAGAGCACAAACAGACAAAGAGGGCCUGGGCAGAAAGCCUCAGGUGUUUUGCCUUUUAGCGCUACAGCAGUACUCAGUCGUGAUUUUUCAGUAAGUGAAUCAUGUAUAGAAACCAGAAAAGAAGCAACACCACUGGAGUUGAAGCAUGGAAAAGUUGACCCUUUGACCAAGAUUAAGCUGCAGCUUUUUCCGGUUAACGAAGUUACUCGAAUAGGGUUAGAGAAGGAUGGUCUUAAUCCAUUCCUAGAACUCACACUCAGGGCCAGGAAAAAGAUAUCCUCUGUUAUUAAACAUAUCCAUACAAAAUGGGGUGGCUCGAGCAUUGCUAUAGGGGAGACGAUGCUUUUGCCUUAUGAUGCACCGCUGAGACACCGAGCUAUGAGCAGAAGAUGGACAAUAAAGGACACUGUUAUUAGCGCAGGAGAUGUUUAUAGAGCUGUAGGAAGUCCUGCCAUAUUUCGCUUAAGUUAUGGCUGGUUCUCUGAUCAUGAGCCUCAAUCAGAGCCACCAAGGGUUCCAGCAGCAGCUGCUUUACAUAAUUGCAUAGAAUCUGAAAGCAUGCAGGAAAAGAUGGAGACUACAGAAGAAAGGAAGCCUCUAGAUGCAACAUCUGAAGUAGCUGUGACUGAGCAUGUGGAUACUGGUGUCAAGAUGAGUCAUAUCCAUGAAUGGUCAAUUUCACCAUGGGUUGAUGAUAUAACCAAUUUGAGGAUGGGGGGACUUCUUUCUGAAGCAUCAGGACCAGGAAAGAUUUCAAACCAUGAGUUGAAAUCCAACUUGCCACCAAUCUUUUUAUCUACUGAUAUAAGCGUUGGAGGCUUGCUUUCUGAAGCAUCUAUGCAGGAAAAGCUCCGUAACAAUGAGCAAGGAACAAUUCGAUGGGAUGAUAGUUUAACUGCUUUGAGCAUUGGUGGACUUCUAUCUGAAGCGUCGUUACAGGCCAAGAUCAAUAAAUCUGAUUCAAAAUCCAGUGAACGAGAUGUCGUGGGACCCUCGUCGACGUUUAUUUCUGAUUCGUUUGAUGCUUUCAUCUCUUCACAAGUGAAGAGCAAUCCUCAAAUGGUGAAACCAUCAUCACUUGACUCUCGCUCAUCUAUAUUGGAUGCUGAAGAGACAUGCCAUGCAUUUUCCUUCCGCAAGUUCUCUUCAUCCAGCAAAAACAUCCGUGUCAGUGCAAGAGCUAGUCAAGAUUUGAGUUCAAACUCAUUCCGAUUUCCUGAUCUCCUAGAGGUCAGCAAACAAACUGUGGAUUCUGAAGAUACAUCUUGUUCAGAACCAAAAAUGGAACUUUUCCCUAUUCCUCAGCAAUAUGGUGAAGACAGCAGGGCCUUGGGCUAAGAGGUACUCCUAAUGUUGAUUUCAGUUUAUCCCAAAAUAAGUUUCCUCUUUCAAAAGUAAGUCUACACUUUUCGGUCCUACUCUUAAUUAUGACAUUAGAAAUUCAUUACUUCCUCUAUUACCAAGGGUAAAAUAGUCAUUCGUUAAUUAAAAAGUGAAAUAAAUACAAAUUCCUAAAACUGUGUAUCUUUAGCAUCGUGGACACUUAUUUUGUUAUGGAGGGAGUAUUAUUUUGUACAUCGAAUUUUACAUAUUGCUACAUCAAUAGUCACCUUACAAAAAUUAUUCCAAUAGUGUUUUAAGAUAUGUAUUUUGAACACAUCCUGCACAAUUUCUUUAGUGUACUUUUAAGAUAUAUGCACUUUAGGCCUAUAAAACAUAUACGUUCUAUGUAGAUGUUUAU